UCUGGGGGCACGCGCCUCCUUGACUCAGCUAGAGGUCCUCCAGCCCCGGCUCGCAGCACCUUCGCCGCUGCCUGCGCCAGGUGAGGGCUCGCGGCUCCCGGCUGCUGCGCCCGGCGCUUGUUGGCUGGCUCGGGACGUGAGCCUGUGAGGCGGGCUGGGCCGGCGGGCGGUUAGCGCUCCGUUCCACGCCGGGAGGGGCGGCACGCCGGGCGCUGCACGGCGUCGGCAGACGCUGGCGGCGGUGGCCGGGCUUUCGGGUUUUCUGCCCCAGGCCGGAGCCAGUCGGUUCCCCGGCGGAGAGACGGGCAGUCGGGCUCCCUGGCCCCGGGCCCCCCCCCCGGCUGGGGUGGCUGGGGCAAGGGGACGAUGUCUGCUCGCGCUGCAGUGCCCGCCGCUCAUUCUCGGGAGGAGCCAUCCGCGGUGGCUGCUGAGAAGGAGUCGUUGUUGGUAACGGCGAGUCGGCAGGCCGAGCAGCUGUCCCCGCCCGAACGGGAGGGCAAGUUGGCGGCGAGUGAAGAGAGGGCCGCGACAGCCAUCAUCGCGGGUGCGCGGGGAGAGCCGUCGCCGGCGCUGGGGCACAGCGUGCCCCAGGCGGCCGUGCCCGUGAGACCCCUGGCGCUGCACCUGGCGCACAAGGCGCGCGGGCCCGGGGGCCCCUUCGGCGGGGAACCACCGCCACCCCUGCCGAGGGACCCGCCAGCCGAGGGCGCCCUGGAGGAUGAGGCGGCGACCGGCCCUAAGGAAAAGCUGAAGCCGCCGCCGCCGCCGCCGCCAAAGGAGAACCCCUGGACCAAAAAGCCUCCCCAGCACCUGCCCCCUGUCGGGACGGGACCGGCGCCGUCCUCGCUGGAAACCCUGGAGGCAGAGCUCAGUUCCCCCAAAAUUAUAAAAGCAGGAAAACUCAAGACAAAGAAAUCCAACAAGGCUAGUGAUUUCAGCGAUAUGGCGAAUUGGCCAACACCAAGUGAAUUAGUGAACACUGGAUGCCAAAGUGUCAUCAGCCAAGGAAAUAAGAAGCCACAAAAUAGAAAAGAAAGAGAAGACAAGGCUGAAAAGAGAAUUAACAGUGAGAGCAAAGAAAGCCGGGAAACAAAAUUAGAUGGUCCUGGUGAAAAUGCCAGUGAGGAUGAGACUCAGUCAAGUAAUCAACGAAAGAGAGCUAAUAAGCACAAGUGGGUACCACUCCACUUAGAUGAUGUAAGACCAGACAGUCAAGAAAGACCAGGAUCCCGGAACAGCUCAAGAUGUCAACCGGAAACAAAUAAGUCAUCACAUAAUAAUAGGAGAAAUGAUACACGAAGUUGGAGGCGUGAUAGAGAAAAGCGAGAUGAUCAAGAUGAAGUUUCCAGUGUGAGGAGUGAGGGUGGUAAUAUCCGAGGUUCCUUUAGAGGCCGAGGAAGAGGCCGAGGACGGGGAAGAGGACGAGGCAGAGGAAAUCCUCGAUUGAACUUCGAUUAUUCGUAUGGUUAUCGAGAACAUGGUGAAAGGACUGAUCAGCCAUUUCAAACAGAACUUAAUACCAGUAUGAUGUAUUACUAUGAUGAUGGUACAGGUGUACAGGUGUAUCCUGUGGAAGAAGCACUGCUUAAAGAGUAUAUUAAACGCCAAAUUGAAUAUUACUUCAGUAUAGAAAAUUUAGAACGGGACUUCUUUCUUAGGAGAAAGAUGGAUAAACAAGGUUUCUUGCCUAUUUCCCUGAUUGCUGGUUUCCACCGUGUUCAGGCUCUCACUACAAACCUUAAUCUCAUUUUAGAGGCACUGAAAGAUAGCACAGAAGUGGAAAUUGUGGAUGAGAAAAUGAGAAAAAAGAUAGAACCAGAAAAGUGGCCAAUUCCGGGCCCUCCUCCACGUAGUGUGCCACAAACAGACUUCUCUCAACUGAUUGAUUGCCCAGAGUUUGUACCAGGCCAAGCCUUUGGUUCACAUACAGAGUCUGCCCCAAAUUCUCCAAGAACUGGAAGUCCACUGAACCCAAAGAAAAAUACUGAAACAAGUAAGCUUCAAGCAAUGUCUAGAGGUUUGUCUACCAGUUUGCCUGACUUGGACUCAGAACCUUGGGUAGAAGUUAAAAAGAGACAUCGUCCAUCUCCAGUGAAAUUGAAGGAAUCGUCAUCUCUACCUGAAGAGGCAUCAGAUCAGCUGUAUCCUUCAGAUGAACAAGAGCAAGAAGAACUUGAUUUUUUAUUUGAUGAAGAGAUAGAACAAAUAGAAGGACGAAAAAACACAUUUACUGAUUGGUCUGAUAAUGAUUCAGAUUAUGAAAUUGAUGACCAGGAUUUAAACAAGAUUUUGAUUGUAACUCAGACACCACCUUACAUGAGAAAACAUCCUGGAGGAGAUCGAACAGGCAACCACAUGUCUCGGGCAAAAAUUACAUCUGAACUUGCUAAAGUCAUUAAUGAUGGCUUAUAUUACUAUGAACAGGAUCUAUGGAUGGAGGAAGAUGAAAACAAACACACAGCCAUAAAGCAAGAAGUUGAGAACUUUAAGAAGCUAAAUCUCAUUAGUAAAGAGCAGUUUGAAAACCUAACACCUGAACUUCCUUUUGAGCCAAACCAAGAAGUUCCUGUAACACCUUCACAGUCCAGGCAAGAUUUGAGUGAUGAAUUAGCCCAGAAGCUGUUUGAUGUUUCAGAAAUAUCUUCAGCAGCAAUGGCCCAUUCAUUGCCCACAGCAGUUCCAGAAUCUCCUAGAAUUAAUCCUGCAAGGACACCUAAAACACCUCGAACACCCAGGUUACAAGAUCCAAACAAAACACCAAGAUUUUAUCCUGUUGUUAAAGAACCAAAAGCUAUUGAUGUAAAGAGUCCAAGAAAGAGAAAAACAAGACAUAGUACAAAUCCCCCUCUAGAGUGUCAUGUUGGUUGGGUAAUGGAUUCCAGAGAUCACGGGCCAAGAACAUCUGUCAGCAGUUCAAAUGCUUCACCUUCAGAAGGUGCACCACUAGUAGGAAGUUAUGGAUGUACUCCUCAUUCAUUUCCAAAGUUCCAGCACCCUUCUCAUGAACUUUUGAAGGAAAAUGGCUUUACCCAACAAGUGUACCACAAGUAUCGUCGAAGAUGUCUAAGUGAGAGAAAACGCUUGGGAAUUGGCCAGUCCCAAGAAAUGAAUACCCUCUUUCGUUUCUGGUCCUUUUUCCUCAGAGAUCACUUCAAUAAAAAAAUGUAUGAGGAAUUUAGACAACUUGCUUGGGAAGAUGCAAAAGAAAAUUACAGGUAUGGAUUAGAAUGUCUGUUCAGGUUUUACAGUUAUGGACUGGAAAAAAAAUUCAGACAAGAAAUUUUUAAGGAUUUCCAAGAAGAAACCAAAAAAGACUACGAAUCUGGUCAGCUAUAUGGAUUAGAAAAGUUUUGGGCUUAUCUAAAAUAUUCUCAAUCUAAGACGCAGUCUAUUGACCCAAAACUUCAGGAAUACCUCUGUAGCUUUAAGAGGUUAGAAGACUUCCGCAUUGACCCCCCUAUUAGUGAGGAAUUUGGAAGAAAAAGACAUUCAUCUACUUCUGGUGAGGACAGUAGUCGUCAUAGACUUCCAUCUAAUUCCUCUACAAAGCCACCAAAUGCUGCUAAGCCUACAUCUGCUAAUCAGCUUCAGGGUCCCAAUAAACUGUCCCAGAAGGAAUACUUCACAGGAGUCCAGUGACAAUUCACACCAGAACAGUGCUGCCUCAGUCUCAACAGAUGGUGAAAUGCCUGAGAAAUAGACUCUUAUGAAAGUUGUUUGCCCUUGAAAUAGACAUUUACUUCAGUAUUUAUUUGGGAAAAAUCUUCUGAUGUUUAAUUGUGAUAAUCACAAAAAA